CUACGUCCUCGGUAGUUUCGAACGUCAAUAUUUUCAACAAGAUACCAAAGUACGAUGAGCCUACCGUCUAUUCUCGUCCUUAUCUCCGGAUCAGGCUCCAAUCUCCAAGCCUUGAUCGACAACCAGGGAUCCGACUACAAGAUCACCCAUGUCAUUUCCAAUAAAAAAGCUGCAUAUGGCCUCGAGCGCGCCGCCAAAGCUUCCAUCUCAACAACCGUCCACAACAUCGUACCAUAUAAGAAGAAGCAUCUAGAAGAUGCUACGGCAGCGCGCCCGGAUUUUGAUAGAGAGUUGGCGGAGAAGAUCAAGAAGUUGAACCCGGAUUUGGUGGUUUGCGCUGGUUGGAUGCAUAUUUUGUCUUCAGAAUGUCUGCGACCACUGCGAGAGGCUGGUAUCCCUCUUAUCAACCUGCAUCCUGCGCUUCCUGGGGCAUUUGAUGGUGCACAUGCGAUUGACAGAGCAUAUGAUGCUUUCCAGAAGGGUGAGAUCACCAAGACUGGCUGCAUGAUCCACUGGGUUAUUGAGGAGGUUGACCGAGGAGAGCCUUUGUUGAUCAAGGAAAUUGAGAUGAAGGAGGGAGAGUCGCUGGAAGACCUGGAGAAUAGGAUUCACAGCGUGGAGCACGUUGCGAUUGUGGAAGGAACCAAGCUGGCUUUGGCGAAGAAGACAUAGGUUGAUGCGGAGGCGGUUCUAGAGGGGAUUACGGAUGUGGGGACGGGAGAGGAGAAAUAUGUUUACCAGGCCGAGGAUGUAAUGGAGUAAUAUGGUGAUGGCGAUGGCUAAGCCGAUGCGGUGUGGGCUCGGAGCGAGCAUUAGCCAGUAAGACGGAUGGGGAGGAACGAGUGAGGAGGGGUACCACAGGAUAUGGGAUAAGUUUGUGGGGUCACGGGAAUGACUCGAAACCGGCGUCAGUAGGAGCAAGACUGACCGUUGCGUUACAAAUGACCAAGCUAAGAAGCCCUACGACUUCGAUUAGAUAUAUGAGGUA